CCUGGCUGCUUAUUGUGUCAUCUGUUGCAGAAGAAUAAGAACCUUUACUCCCCCGCCAAAAAGGGACACAUACUGGAGAGAUAUCAAGGUUCUUUGUUUCUUACAUAUGAAGUUCUGGCCCUGAAGAAAUCUUUGACAUUAGAUACUCAAGUGGUAGAAAGAGAAAAAAUGAAGUCAUAUAUAUAUGUUCACCAAGUUUCUUUAGAUAAAAGAGAAAAUUAUGGGAUUGUCUACCAGGCAAGAAAAGAGCUACAUAAAGCAGUAAGAAAAGUAUUGGCAACAACAGCCAAGAUAUUACGGAAUCCGUUUGCUGGCCCUUUCAGUACUGUUGAUAUAGAAGAUCACGACUGUGCCACGUGGCUGCUGCUGAGGAAGAGCAAGUCCCACGACAAAGCAGAGCGACUGGAAGCCGUGCGGGAAAUGUCAGAGAGCCACCACUGGCACGAUUACCAGUACAGGACAGUUGCUCAGACCUGUGAUCCGAGAAUUCUCAUUGGUUUGGCACGAAGCCAAGAGACUGAUCUUCGCUUUUUUCUCCCACCACCUCCUUUGCCAUCUUUAAAAGAAGAUUCUUCCACUGAGGAAGAGCUCCAACAGCUGCUGGCUUCUUUACCCCAAACGGAUCUAGACGAGUGCGCCCAGUACUUUACAUGUCUGGCUCUCAGUGAAAGCAGCCAGAGUCUGGCUGCUCAGAAGGGUGGCUUAUGGUGUUUUGGAGGUAAUGGGCUUCCUUAUGCUGAAAGUUUCGGAGAAGUCCCUUCAGCUACAGUGGAAAUGUUCUGUUUAGAAGCUAUUGUAAAGCAUUCAGAGAUAUCCACACAUUGUGACAAAAUCGAAGCAAAUGGAGGCUUACAACUACUUCAGAGGCUGUACCAGUUUCACAAGGACUGCCCUAAAAUACAGAGAAAUAUAAUGCGUAUCGUUGGAAAUAUGGCUUUGAAUGAACAUCUUCAUUCCCCUAUACACCGCUCAGGCUGGGUAUCCAUAAUGGCAAAAGCCAUGAAAUCUCGCCAAAUUAUGGAGGCUUCACAUGCUGCCAGAGUCUUGGCUAAUCUAGACCGAGAAACUGUGCAAGAAAAGUACGAGGAUGGCGUGUACGUGCUGCACCCCCAGCAUCGAACCAGUCAGCCCAUUAAAGCAGAUGUCCUUUUUAUUCAUGGCCUUAUGGGAGCAGCUUUCAAAACCUGGCGUCAGCAGGACAGGGAGCAGGUUGUAACUGAAAAGGCUUUGGACGAUGAAGACAGGUAUACGACUUGCUGGCCUAAGUCAUGGUUAGCAAAAGACUGUCCUGCUCUCCGGAUUAUAUCUGUGGAGUACGACACUACCCUCAGUGACUGGAGAGCACGGUGCCCCAUGGAAAGAAAGUCCAUUGCAUUCAGAAGCAGUGAAAUUCUUAGGAAGCUCAGAGCUGCUGGUGUGGGGGACAGGCCAAUGAUUUGGGUAUCACAUAGCAUGGGAGGUCUUCUUGUUAAAAAGAUGCUGUUAGAAGCCUCCCAGAAGCCGGAAAUGAGUACUGUUAUAAACAAUACCAGGGGAAUCAUUUUUUACAGUGUCCCUCACCGUGGAUCACAUUUGGCUGAAUACUCCGUUAAUAUUCGCUAUCUUCUCUUCCCGUCUUUGGAAGUCAAAGAACUCAGCAAGGAUUCUCCUGCACUUAAAGAACUACAGGAUGAAUUUCUGGAGUUUGCUAAAGACAAAGACUUCCAGGUGCUGAAUUUUGUGGAAACACUACCAACCUACAUUGGCAGCAUGAUUAAACUCCAUGUGGUGUCUGUGGAAUCAGCAGACUUAGGCAUUGGAGCUCUAAUUCCUGUGGAUGUUAACCAUUUGAACAUUUGUAAGCCAAAGAAAAGGGAUGCUUAUCUGUACCAACGUACUUUACAAUUCAUCCGUGAAACUUUAGCCAAAGACCUUGAAAAGUAGCAGAAACUUGGUGUUUUUUCUCUUUUUAAGUUACAAGCAAUCAUGCAAAUAUAGUCAUUUUGGCAUCAGCGUGGUCUGGAAUGUGUUGCAGACAACAGAGUAUUCUCCACUGUACAGCACAGGAGCGGCAAUCACAGAAGAAAGGGCUAGACUGGGUGCUUUCGACUUAAAUCCCUUCCGUGCCGCUUACAGUUGGCAGCGCUGGGCCUCGUGGCUGGGAGCAAAGCUGCCGUGGCGGAGUAGCCUUUCCACCUGCCACUGCCUCAGUGCAUCCCUGGGGAUCACUGGCAAGUCCUGAAGGGAGAGCCACUGUCAGCCCACCAUGACAAUGCCAUCAGGAGAGCACCUCAAGUGGAGACAAGAAUGAACCAGAACAAGAAAGACUGUUUUAGUUCUAGGUAUCCACAUGCUGUCUAAUUUUAAAACAUGUCAGUCUUUUAAACUUUUAGUUUUUAACUAAAAGUUAAACCCUUUGUAUAACACAUUACUACUGGUAGUAACUCUGUCAGACCUAUUGUCCUGUAUGGGUUAGUUCUUACAUUUUCCAUUUUCAUAUUGCAAAGAACAAGUCUUUUUCCUUUUUCCUUUUUAAAAAAGUUUAGUUUACAGUAAUUCUUUACAGGUUGCAGCUACAUAUGCUUGUAAUUUCUCCUAGAUAAGGAUAAAGUAGCUAAUCCAUUAUCGAUCAAAGGUGAAAUACAACUAUU